UAUCGAAUAAGCUCGUGUCAGUGUGUUUAUACAUAAACAAGAGGUGUAUUGCAUAUAAAGCGUGUCGAAAAAUUUACAGGCACUUAUGUGGACAAAUAAUUGUUAAAAAUGAAUAAAGAAAGUAAGGAACUUAAAGCGUUGUGUUAUCAUUUAGUUAAUCGACUGAGAAGAAAAAGGAUGCUUGUUUGCCAGCAAUUUUUAAUCCAUCAACAACAAAUUUAUCAUAAUUUAAGGAGUGGCAAAAAUUCAACAAGACACAUUUUGGCAUUACAGACUGCUCUGCCCGAAAUAUUCUUUCAAAUAAAUGUUCCCAGAUUUCGCAGCGUACAUCGAAGAGAGCGUCAUGAUAAUUCGAUGUGGUUUCUGGAGCAAGAAGGAAACGCACAAUAUUAUUAUGAAUCGUACCGCAUGGAUAAAAACUCUUUCCAAUUGCUUUGUGAGAAGUUGGCUCCUUAUCUUCCUUGUCCGGCGGUAUUUGUGACACCACCCUUGCCAAUUCCGAAGCAAGUCGCCUAUGUUUAUAUAAAUUGGCAACAUGCGCCGAGUACCGUGUUGUAGGAGAUGUAUUUGGAGUGCAUAAAAGCACAGUGCAUAAAUACUUUCAUCUUGUUGUUAAAGCAAUACUGCAGCUUCGAAGAGAGUUCUUAUAUUUCCCAGCAUUGGAGGAGGCGAAAAAUAUUGCUUCAGCUUUUGAAAAAUUGACUAAUUUACCCAAUAUUGUGGGUUCAAUAGAUCGAACACAUAUUCCGAUUCUGCCACCGAAUGAUGGGUAUCAAGAUUAUGUAAACACAAAGGGAUGGUCGUCAAUAGUUAUGCAAGCAGUAGUAGAUAAUAACUACUUAUUCCGAGAUGUGAGUGUAAAAAGCCCAGGAGGCACCCAUGACGAAGACGUUUUCAAAAACUCGGGAUUGUUCAAUUAUUCAUCGCAGCUCAUUCCAAAUUACGCUUCUGACGUCAAUGGAAUGCAAACACCCUUCAUGUUAAUUGGAAAUCCUGCAUAUCCACUGCUUUCAUGGCUUAUGAAACCUUACACUGGUAGUUUAGACCCCGAAGAGGAAUCAUUCAACUGUUACAUCAGUUCCGGGCGUAUAGUUGGGGAAAAUGGGUUUGUCAGAUUAAAGGGUCGGUGGCGAUGUCUCUUGAGAAGAAUGGACGUUGAUCCAGGAUUUGUUCCUUUUAUUGUUUUGGCGUGUACGAUAUUGCAUAACUUUGUGGAAAAAGAGAAACAGCCCUUUCUUGAUUCUUGGUAUCCGAAUGUGCAGAACGAAGUUCAGUUUCCACAACCACAAACUCCAAUUCAUAUCGAAAGCAUUCCUGAAAGAAAUAUAAAAACAAGGGCUUUACGUGAAAACUUGAAGAACUUCUUAAAAAACAACUUUCCUCUUCGAANCAAUUCAUAUCGAAAGCAUUCCUGA